CCGAGGUCUCUAUCUGUCAUAACGUAAGUCGAGAAUUUCACUUUGGAAAUGGAGUUCAAUAUGCUUAUACCUUUUAGUUUAUUGAAAAAGUUGAACAUUGAAUAUAUGUAGCAAAAAACUUAGUCAAUUGUAGUUACAGUGAUAAAAAUAAGUGAUUCUGAGAAAUAACUAAAUAAAAACUCAUGGAUUGGAUGGCUCAUAAUCAUUCCCGUUCACUUUCUUCUCGACUUGAUUUAGCAAGAGCAACUCAUGCAAGUGAAUUCAUUCCCAGAGUUGUGAAUACAAGUGCAUCCGCCUCACCGAGUUUUUUAAACUCAUUUGCUUCAGUUUCAAAUUCUCCUGUUCUCCAUCCUAUUACAAAAAAAAGUGAAGAAGGUGAAAUAUCAGCACGGGUCACUCCAGAAUGCACAUCUCCACCUUUGGUAAACAAUUCAUCUCUUGUGAUAAGUUCACCUCUACAAACAGAACCAGUGGGUAGUAGCCCACUUUUACCUGCUUACCAAGAAAAUGUUGGUGGAACCACAUAUUUUUAUCAGUACUCCGCUACCCAGGAAAGCCCACAACGUGCAGAAACCCCCUUAAAUACUAGUCUACCAGCAGACUACAGUGUUUAUACUGGAAAAAAAGAACCGUCGUUCUUUCUAUCAGAAGACCUGCGUAACGAUAUUUUAAACCGAAAUGUUUUAACUUUGAUGCAACCUGACCCCUUGCAACACCCCGAUCUUCCUCAAGAGGUAGACAGCUAUCACCAGUUGUUUCCCCUUGAACCCAUACCCAAUACUCUGCACAAAGCUCAUCUGGGCUACCAAGCGUCAAUGUACAAAGCAACCCAUAUUAAAACAGGUGCACACUACUGCUUAAGAAGAAUCCACGGCUUUCGUUUGUCGAAUACAAAAUGUAUGGCAUUCGUUGAGUUGUGGAAGAAACUGAGUCAUUCCAAUAUAGUUCAGCUGAAGGAGGUUUUUACAACAAAAGCAUUUGGUGAUAAUUCAAUGAUAUUUGUUUAUGAUUACCAUCCAGGAUCUGAAACUCUCUUGAACAAACAUUUCUCUCCUGAUCAGCCUGGUUAUUCUGAUCCAUUCAUCAAUGACGCUUCAACUCCGAGACCAUACAGCUAUCAAAAGAAUAAUUUGUUGAGACACACUCAAAACAACAAGCUUCCUGAACCUCUAAUUUGGAACUAUAUUAUACAGUUGACUUCUGCUCUCAGAAUAAUACAUACAGCAGGUUUGGCUUGCCGAAGUUUGGAUCCAACAAAAAUCAUUAUCAAUUCUCGAAAUAGGUUAAGAUUAAGUUGUUUAGGGAUAAUGGACGUAGUACUUCAAGAAACGAAUUCAACGAUCAACCACAUAACUCUAGUCCAACAUUAUCAACAAGAAGACUUAUCAGCUCUCGGAAAGUUAGUUCUAGCUCUCGCCUGUAAAUCUACCAUGGCUGUUCAACGUGAGAACAUAUCUACCGCAUUAGAUAUUGUAGGUCGCUCAUAUACACCGGAUCUUCGAAAUCUCAUCAUGUAUUUGUUAUCUUCUCAACAAAGGAGAAGUGUCACUGAUCUGAUGCCAAUGAUUGGUGCUCGAUUUUAUACUCAACUGGAUAACCUCCACAACCAUAUUGAAGUUCUCGAUAAUGAGCUUUCGAAAGAAAUACAAAAUGGUCGACUUUUCAGGAUCAUGUCAAAAUUAGCCACAAUCAACGAAAGACCAGAUUUCAGUUUGGAAAGUGCUUGGGCAGAAACAGGAGAUAGGUACAUGCUGAAAUUAUUUAGAGACUAUGUUUUCCACCAAGUGACAGAUGAGGGAAGCCCUUGGCUAGAUAUGGCACAUAUUGUUCAGUGCCUCAAUAAAUUAGACGUAGGCGUUCCAGAGAAAAUCAGCUUGGUUUCUCGUGACGAACAAAGCGUAUUAGUAGUCUCUUAUGCAGAACUGAAGCACUGCCUCGAACAAUCAUUCUCUGAGCUCGCUAGUAGUUCUGGAAUCCACCAUGACCUAACAGGUGUUGGCGGAAGGGUUGACGAUAAGCUGUAAUGUGUCUGUGUUACUUACAUGUACCGAGUUGUGAUGUGAACAACUGACGAAAAUGGUUUAACAAUAGUGAUUGUUUACCAAAAAUGUUGUUUUCAAUAAUAUUUGAAAAUGCCCUUGAAGUGAAAGGUUUUUUAUUUGAUAGUUUUUUUAUCACAAAAAAUAUUAUUGAAAACAUUUUUCCAUUUUAAAUUACGGAAUAGAUAUUUUUUGGAUAAGUUAUAUUUUUCUUUAAAAAAAUGUAUUAA